AUGUCGGGCAGAAACCGCGGGCAACCUCUUCCCCCUCCGCACGCGGCGGGGCUAUCUCCGCCUAUUCACGACCACCCAAUGUUCGGCGCGCGAGCCCAUCACCAUCUUCUGGGGCCCAUCGUCCCGCCCCAUCCCCAUCCGCACCCCCACCCCGCUCUCCUGGAAGACUUCCGCGACUCGCAGCUAGGGCUGGGCCCGCGCGGUCCCAUCCCUUUGCACCCGGCGGCGGUCAUCGAGGAGCGUCUCGCGGCCCAGCACCAGGACAUCCAGGGCCUCCUAGGCGACAACCAAAGGCUUGCCGCCACCCACGUGGCCCUCAAGCAGGAGCUCGAGGCGGCCCAGCACGAGCUCCAGCGCGUGGCGCACUUCCGCGACUCACUCCGUGCCGACACCGAGGCCCGCGUGAGGGAGCUCUACGACAAGGCGGCCCAGCUGGAGACCGAGCUCCGCGGCACCGAGGCGGCUCGGGCCGAGCUUCUUCAGGUUCACGCUGACAUCAAGGAGCUCACUGCCGUCCGUCAGGACGUCUCCGGACAGGUGCAGGCCAUGACGCAGGACUUGGCCCGCAUGACAGCCGACGCCAAACGGCUGCCGGCGCUCAGGGAGGAUGUAGAGGCCAUGAAACAGGAGUUGCAAUGUGCAAGGGCUGCCAUUGAGUAUGAGAAGAAGGGAUUUGCAGAAAACUACGAGCAUGGUCAAGUGAUGGAGAAGAAGUUGGUUGCAAUGGCUCGGGAGAUGGAGAAGCUUCGUGCGGAAAUUGCAAAUGCAGAGAAAAGAGCACGGGCUGCUGCGGCAGCUGGGAAUCCAGGUCCAGGGUAUAAUGCAAAUUAUGGCAAUGCUGAUGCUGGAUAUGCUGGAAAUCCUUACCCUGGAAUUUAUGGCAUGAAUCCAGUACAGUCUGGAGGGGAGAAUUUUCCUCAGUAUGGACCUGGGCCUGCUGCUUGGAGUGCAUAUGAGAUGCAGCGAGCUCAAGGACACAGAUAG